UCUGAUCCAGCCAUGGGCGCCUUCAUCGCCAAGAUGCUGCUCCCCACCGCCAGCAGCCUGGUGUUCCUGCCGGCCGCCAGCGUGGCCGCCAAGAGGGGCUUCCACACCGAGGCCAUGGUCUACUUCUUCACCAUGUUCUUCACCGCGAUUUAUCAUGCCUGCAACGGUCCAGGCCUCUCCAUCCUCUGCUUCAUGAGAUACGACAUCCUGGAGUUCUUCAGCGUUUACGGCACGGCGCUCUCCAUGUGGGUCACGCUCGUAGCCCUGGGAGACUUUGACGAGCCGCAACGCUCCACCAUAUCGAUGUUUGGAGUGCUGACCAUCGCCGUGAGGAUCUACCAGGACCGCUGGGGCUACGGGAUCUACUCCGGACCAAUCGGAUCAGCCGUCUUCAUCAUCACCAUCAAAUGGCUGCAGAAGAUGAAGCAGCUGAGGGCCGUCUACCCAGAGAAGAGCGUUUACACGCAGCAGGUCGGUCCAGGCUGCUGCUUCGGCGCCCUCGCUCUGAUGCUGCGCUUCUACUUUGAGGAGUGGGACUACGCCUACGUCCACAGCUUCUACCAUCUGUCUCUGGCCGUGUCCUUCGUGCUGCUGCUGCCCAAAAAGAACCGCUACGGCGGGACGGGAGAAAACGCUGCAAAGAUCACCUGCCUGACGCUCUGCUGCUGCACAAUGUCGCCGGGUUCUUCCAAAGAAAAGACAAACAAACCACAGAAGAAGAAGUCGUCUCGGUCGGUGUGGCGACUCCCCACGGAGAAGCUGUGGCCCCGAGGGUCCGGCACCCCCACCCUGCCGGUCUGCGCCCCCCCGCCCUCCCCGCCGGUCAAAGGGACGAGCGUCAGCAAGCUGAAGGAGCUGAACGGCUGGAAGUGAGCGGUGGUCAGCCGGACGGGCCGGCGGCGCUGGACCGGCACCAAGCGGCUGUCAGGACUCAGGAAACCGACCCGCAUGUGGAUUUUCCUUCCUACCCAGAAACUGCGACCUGGCUGGUUUUCUGUUUAAGCAGCCAUGUGAGGAAUCCGCCAGCGACUGGAAGCCAGAUGAUAAACAAACAAACGUGACCCGAUGUAAAACUCUGAGGUGAAUUAGACGUCAGAUCAGAACCCGGGACACGCGACACAGACAGACAGCCGAGACGAGCCUGUAAAACUGACAGCGCGAUUUAUGAGAUGAUCAGACCAGCAGAUGGUUUAUCUCUCCAAAAUGGAUAAAUUGUGUUUAGAGAUGUUCCUCUGGGGAAAACGGCGGUCUGCUCGCCUCUUCCUUCCCUUUCCAUCGCUCCUAGGAAAGAAACACGCGGCUUCUGAGAAUUAUUAGACUGUAAAGCACAGCUAGGCGUUUCAUCCGUCCUGCAGGUGCCAGAGACGUCACGAGGACAUCAGUCUGUCUCUGGCGUCUUAAUGUCUUCUGGAGGAGCAGGUGGACUCCUGCUGUCCUCUGUCUCUGCUGUUCGACGGCAUCAGGGCCACGCUGAGGAAAAAUCACAAAAUAUUCUCUUAAUGCUCAUUUAAAUGCAUUCUUGUGUCUUUUUGCUUGUAGUUUUGUCAUAGGACUGCAAAUUUAUUCUCUUUAUACGACGACUUCAUCCUUGCAAUAUUAUGAAUCUAUUCUCGUAAUAUCACUUUAUUUUCUGAUUUUGGCCCCGAUUCUCCGUGAUGAGGUAUUUAUUU